CGACGCGGGGCCAGGCGGCGCGGCGACGGGGCGGCGUCAGUGUGCGGCGCACCAGAGCUCGGGUCGGCUGUCCCUCGCUGCUCCAGCCACGCCCGCACACCGCCGCGUGUCACUCGUGUGCUGCCGGUGUCCUGUGAGCAUCUGACGAGCAAAGCGAGGCAGCGCGGCGACGCGAGUGCCAGCAAGGCCCAGCUUGGCACGAGUGGUCUGGGCCGCAGCGGGCCGCCAAGGGCGUGAGAUGAGGCACGCGUGGGUAGCGGUGGUUGUGGUGGCCGCGGUGAGUGGCGGGACGGCAGUGCUGGCCAACCACGACCUGCCCCAGCAGGAGGCGGCUCAACCAAGGGCAGCUCGCAUCUUACCCCGACCUUUCCAAGCUGAAGGUCCCAUGAAUGCCCGCACGGCAGGUUGGGUAGCCGCGGCCUACGGUAUGCUGCAGGCCCUCAAGUGUGAGACUCAGCGGUGGACCACGGAGAGGGAGUGCCGCGCGGCACAGCGAGUGCCACGCCGCAAGAUGCAAGUGUGGGCUACGCCGGCGGGGCGAGGCCGCUUCGUGGCUCGUCUGCCCGACGGUUCCUUGGCCCGGCGCGGCGGCCACGGCGGAGUGGUGAUGCUGGACCCCUUCCCCGACGCCUCCUGGGGCCACCCGCUACUGCUCCUGUUGGUGGCUGACAACACCUCGCACACACACUGCACCCGCACUGCUGGCCACUGGCUGGAGCCCGGAGAUUGUCUGAGGGUGGCGGUGAAGGAGCGCUGCCACAACCUCCUCAGAAGACGCGGAAGCAGGAAGAACUACGAGAGGCGAUGCGAGAUACGCCUUCCACCCCUCGUCAUGCUGGAGGAGGGGGAUGAGGAGCGGCUGACGAGGGCAGAGGCAACGGGUCCUCGCCUCCUGCAGCGACCCCGCCAGUAUCUAAAGUGUAGAGAUGAUGCUGAUGGUUAUGCUCCCUGUCAUCGUUCCAGGCCGCUCAAUGACACUCGCCUCGUCUGUGAUCCCUUGGGAAUCAAUAAGAAGGGAUGUACCGGGCCCCACGACACGGUACACACGCGGUGCAGACUGUUUGAGGUGUGUGAUCAGGCUCUAGUGCUCUCCGGGGGCUGGACUCCUGAUCUCUCCCCCCUCUCCUCGGCCGCCACCGUCGACGCCGCCUAUAGGUUGCUCCGGCGGUACGGUUUUCACAAGGGCAACAUCAAGAUCUUCUACGCGAACGGGGCGACGAAAGAUCAAUAUCCCGCAGAAGGCCACACUGUAUUCCCGUCCUCCUUUAAGCUCGCCUUUCGCUACCACCUCCGCUCCCUCUGCGCCACGCCCCUCUGUACGGACUCGCUCGUAUUGUACCUCACGGGACCCUCUCUGCACGACGGGACUCUCUUGCUCUGGGACGAGGAUAGGAACGGACUGAUGCGGGCCGGGGAGGUGUAUAGCCCUAAGGAGCUUCUGAAGGACCUAAGGAACUGUGCGGCGCGGCAGGUGACCGUGCUAGUUGAUACAUCCUACGGUGGGGAGAUUGUGAACGCGUUCGCCUCCUCCAGGGACCACCACAACGUGCAGGUGUAUGCGGCUGCGGGUUCGGGCGAGUACUCCUGGGGUCAUGAGUUCUCCUCCCACUGGCUGCAUUACAACCAUCUGGACUCCUGUACCGCCCGCGUCCACCAGGUGUCGAGGAGCGCGGUACGACACUCUACACCCCUGGAGUAUGACGGGUCAGGCGGCGCCCUACGGAGGAAUAUCUUCGGAGCGCCCUGCAAUGUGACGCCGCCUUACACGUGGCGCGAGCUACACCGCCGCUACCUCGGCUGCCAGAACAUUCCCACCGCCCUAUGGCUGCACGCCCUGCCACACCAUUUCUCCCAACUUAGCCCAGCGGACAUCACAGACGACUAUCACCUGCCCACUAGUACUUCCUACAGUCACUGACUCUUCCCUUCUUUCAUUCAGCCACUGACACAUUUUGCUUCCCUCCUUCAAUAUUCGCCCUUCCUCCAGCUACCUACACCCCUUACUUCUCACCUCCACUCCACUUGAUCCAUUCAUUCCUUCUGCUCUCGACACCUUUUACUUCCCUCUUCCAUUUUUCUUCAUCCUCAUCCCUCAUAUAGCCACUGGACCCUCCUUUAUUUCAACACGAACACCUCUCACAUCCCUCCCACACACCCCAGCAGUGUAAGUACAAUACCAUGCCGUAGGCACCUAUGUACACCAGUCCUCCGUGUAUAUAAUAUGAUCUCCCGUAACCUCACCAAGCCUCCUCUACCCUGAUGAACGUAAUAACGAAUGCAACAGAGCACAAACAUCAAAUUUUUCACUGGUAGUAUGGCCAGAGUCGUCACUGUAGUGUAAAUACAAGUAAAUACAAAACAAGUACUUAACAGCCAUCAGGCCCUCAAUCACCCCAAACACUGUAUAUACUGCCAGACGCCCUCAGAUCAAAUAUUUCUUUCUCCAGCCUCCUAAGCAGGACAAGCACCGCAAUAAUCUGUAAGUCACGUGCGUCACUCGUAGCAAUGUAAACAAAUACUCGUAAGAUAAAUGAUCUAAUCCUGA